GUUUGGAGCUGGUGGUCUUGACAAAAGUCCUUGUGAGUUCUGAAAUGUUGAUAGCAAUGUUUCUAUCUGUGGUAAUUAAAGUUUGGUGAAUUUAUACUUGAAGACUGAGAACUGUAGCUUUAACAGAGACUCCAGUAUUGGUAUUUGGAAGGCGUGACGUGAGUGCGGAAGCAGGAAGUACGUCAGUCGUCGUCUGCUGCAGGACGGUGUGUGGUCAGACUGUGAUUCAGCCAUGGGAACCACACAGAUUUUUAGACUUUUUACGCUCUUCGAAUUGAUUUCACACAUUGUUACUGUGGAAUCAAGAGCACCUGCCAGAAACGAUGAAAACAGACCACGUGAUGUAAGCGGUUUCCUGAACCAGACUACUGUAUUGAAACUAGAAAAUGUCGUUGAUGGUGAUAAUAAUGUUUGGUUUAUUACACAAGAUGAAACAUUUAAAUUGGCAGAGUAUAAAAACGGUUAUUGGGAGUUCUACGUUGAAGGUUUGAAACCCUGCCUAAAGGUAUUGGAAAAUGGAAAAGUAUUACAAAUCCAACAUCGGUGUAAAAAUGAUAGCGGGAUCUACUUUGCUCAAGUUACUCGUACGGAUCAUUCCAUAUACAAAGAAUCAUUCAACCUCACAGUAUAUGAUUUGAAGAACACAACACAAACAACUGAGCGCCCAAGACAAAAAGAUAAUGAUGUAAACUUGAAAAACCCUACUCAAGCAACAGAUAAUGCUCAGAAUCAAAAUCUCAAUUAUUUGUUCUUUUUGCUGCUGCUACUACUUAUCAUCCCAGCAUGGCUGUUUCGGGGGAAAAUUGGAAAAGUUUGCAAGAAGAAAACAUGGACAGCCAAGAGUAACUUGAAACAUCCUACUCAGGAAACAGAAUCCGAUUCAGCUGUGAAUGAACAGAUAACCAUAAAACAAAAUUAUUUAAAUGGAAUCACUAUUCCUAACAGAAGCCAGAUAAAGUACUAUAAGUGUGAAGAUGAUGAUGAGCAACGAGAAGAGGUACAAUCUCAAUUAAAGGGUCCAGAUGACUUCAGACUGUCUCCUACAGGCUGCCUCAAUACAGAUUACUCAAACGCUGGUAGAGAAGACAAGUGUUGAAGAACAGGGUCCACUCGGAGUCGCAUCAAAGUCAUAGCACACAGCAUUAAGUGGGAAAAGAGGAAUAUCACCAAUGUCAUUACGCAAGGGUCCACACCAAUGAAGUAUUGGCUGUCUUGGGAGACAUCUGACACUGCUGUUUAUACAGAAGAGGUCCUGCAAACAUUUUCUCUCUGGUCCAGUGCACUGAUUGAGGACUUAAAUCUACACACACAACAACAAACUUGGUAGAAGAAGCUGCUAUCACUGGGCCUGUGCAUCAGCUCCGCUCCUUACACUGCAAGAUGUGUUGGCAGCUCUAGUAAUCGUAUUAUAUACCAUUGGUAUUGUUGUCAUAAUUUGAGCCACCUGCCAAGAGGAGGGGGGUUUCCAGGCAACCAGAUCACCCCCCGAGUUUGCCCAUGACACAAAGUGUUUACAAGUACUUUAUUUGUCUGUUGUCACUUUAAUGUUUUCUAUCAAUGUAUUUUCUCUGGUACUUUUUCUUUUUUUAUGGAUGUUCAUGUUUGUAAAUUAUUACAUGUUUUUAUGGAAUAUUUGUUUAAAUUAAAAUAAAAUAAAGUUAUUUAAUAUAAAACAA